AUGGCGGCCACCAGCAACCGUGAUGGGAGCAAGUCAGGAAGCAAUAAGUCCAGUAAUAGCGGGAAACAGCCUGGUCCUUCCGCAGAGCAGGUAGUGGCAGGUUUCCAGCGACUGCGCCAGGAGCAGCGCAGUAUAGCCACGAAGGCAGCAGAACUAGAAAUGGAAAUCAAUGAGCACAGUCUUGUGAUUGAUGCGCUGAAGGAGGUCGACCCAUCACGGAAGUGUUAUCGGUUGGUAGGAGGUGUACUCGUAGAGCGGACAGUGGAGGAAGUUCUGCCUGCCCUUGAGAACAAUAAAGAACAAAUCUCUAAACUAGUGGAGUCACUUGGCACACAGCUACAGACAAAAGGACAAGAACUGAACGAAUAUCGGGAACGUUACAACAUCCGGAUCGUGGGAGAAGAGGAGGCGGCUGGCAAAACGGCCACGAAUCCAGAGAAUGAAGGAAGCGGAGCGAAGGGGGGGACUGGAGUAUUAGUGUCAUAGUAAAUUUCAGAAUCUUUUCCGGAAUGUCUUAAUUAACGUUAACACUGUAUCUGUCUGAACACUUUUUUACCUAACGGUUUUGUUAAUGAAUAAAAGACCCUCUAGCUUGAUGUAUUUACACUGUGGCUCUAUUAACAUUGCUAUUUUUCUGUUUGUAAAAUGACAGCCCUGUGCAGGCUGGCUUUGGUUUACAGGGGUUUUUAUUGUAUGGUGGUCUGUCGCAUAGAGUCCUGACUUAUCUCAGCACUCAUUAGUAUUCUUAGGGACAUUUUUAUUUCCAUCAAAUUGAGAUACCUAAAAGCACUACUAAACUAGGACUCUGAAAUCCAUUGUAGAGUGUCUUCACACGGUGUUGUGAUCUCAAGCAGUACAUGCUCUCUCCAAAUGAAUUCACACUCCUCUGAAGCAGACCAUUUCAGGCUGACUAAGUAUUAAGAGGACAAUGUGGGGGGAAAGAAAGCUUUUAAUAAAAUGAUUGUCAAAGGUUACUUUGGAAAUGUGUUUAAUGCAUAUA